CGCUAUUAGAAAAUAGGGCAUCAUUUGGAUACUCACCCACUGCUUUCUCUUCUCCCUUUCAUCUAUCAAAACCGCAUUCUCUCUAGUCGAUCCUUUGUCCAAUGGAUUUGUUCAAAUCAGUAUUCUCAGAAGAUCAACAACCAUCCGAUCCAUCAGAUCUCAGGAAAAAUGAUUCAUCUGAAUCACCCAAACAAGAAAAUGUUCAAGAUCAAUCAGAUUCUUCAGUCGAUUCUCACUCAGAUUCUUCUAUUGGUAAUACUUGGAGUUUUGGAGGAUUAAUGAAAACCUUAACGACAAAAUCUGAAUCAGUGAUUCAAACAUAUAAACGAGAUCUAGAAGAAUUUAGUGCUGGAUUAAAGAAUGAAACGGUUGCUAUUCGUGAAGUUGCUAGUCGUGCUGUCAAAGAAAUUCCUGUUUCAAUUGAAGCUGGAGCAUCUGUAGCUCAAGGAUCACUUGAAUCGGUUUGGCGUGGAACAGCUGAGAUUAUUUCUCAAGGUAAAGAUGUCAUUCUUUCUGCUGAUUUCGAAAAUGCAUCGAAUAAUUUUGAUAGUAAUAAUCAAGAACGUAAUUAUAAUAUUAGGAAUUCGAGAACAUAUAGUAGUAGAUUUGAAGCGAAUGUGUAUGCGAUUCAGAAUGAUAUGAAUACUUACACGGAAGAGUUAAUCGAUUUGGAUGAGUUUAAGAAAUGGAAAUCAGGAUUUGAUUUAGAAGAGAAAGGUGAAGAGAUUGAGAAUUUACUUGACGAGAAUAAUGUUAUGGAAGGGAUUUAUUCGAAACUUGUUCCUAGCGUUAUUGAUAGUGAGACAUUUUGGAGUAGGUAUUAUUUUAGAGUUUAUAAACUUGAGCAAGUUGAAGAUGCCAGAGCUAAUCUUGUAAAGAGAGCAAUUUCAGUGGAUGACGAGGAAGACUUGAGUUGGGAUGUUGAUGAUGAUGAGAGCUCUAAUAAAUCCGAAUCUAGGGUGGAUUCUUCAGUUGCUGAAGAUUUGGAGAAAAAAGAAACUAAGGAACUACAGAGUGAGAUUGCGGUAACUGAAAAUAAGUGUGUUGAAGAAUUACAGGUUGAGAAUUCUAAGGUUGCUGAUAGCAAGAGUGAAGAUAAGGCUCCUGCAGAGGAAGUUGAUGGCAAAAAUGAGUCUGAGGAGAAAAUGGCACCUGGAGGAAAAGUAGAAGAAUUAGAAUCAGAAAGUAAUGACAAAUCUGGAACGAAAUCAGAUGAAAAGGUGAUUGUGGAAGGGAAAAAUGAAUCUGGUGAAUCUGUCAAGUCCAGUGAACUGUCAGGAAUUUCUGGUCAGGUGGUUGUAUCUGAGGAAGAGGAUCUUGGUUGGGAUGAGAUUGGAGAUGUUGGCAGUGGUGAUGAGAAGAAAGCGACUAUUAGUAGCAGCCAUAGGGAUGAAUUGCGCAAGCGGUUGAGUACUGCUAAUGAAGAUGAGGAUUUGAGUUGGGAUAUUGAAGAGGACGAGGAUGGAUCUAUCAAGCAUUGAACGAAGUUCAAAUCUAAUGGUUUGUGCACAUUGUAAUGAAAGCAGUAUUGCAUUUUCCCCCUCUUAUUACUCUCUUCAAUGUGCAUCUUGCAAGUGUUUAAUUAUGUGAAUUCAUGAAUGCUUUGUCUAUGUAGUUCUGUUCCGUAAAUAUAUGUUUGUUGUCUCUUGAGCAGUACCUAAUGAUGAAUCAAUCUUUUUAUUCUUUCUUCAUAAA